CGCAAGAGUGAUGCAGCGUGCCGUGUGGUUGCUCGAGAUGUCAUUCGGUGCGUGGUGAGUGGGCAGAGAAAGAGCGAGAGUGAGAGAGGCAGGGAGGAAGGGAGACGGACGGAGAGAUUUGGAGGUAUUUUUCUUCCUGCGCGGUCGGGUAUAUCUUCGCGCGGCGAGAAAAAUCCUUCUGAACCCGCGAGGUAGGAGCCCGCGCGAUGGAUCGCGAACUGAUUGAGAAGUUUAUCGAGGUGACGGGCGAGAGCGAGGCGACGGCACAGCAGUACCUGGCGUUGGCCGACGGCAACGUGGAGAUGGCGAUCAGCCUGAUGUUCGAGGGUGGCAGACCGCCGGAGGCCGAGAACGCGAAUCCGCCCGAGCCGCCCGUGAGGGCUCCUAUCCUACCCACGCGUGAGAUACUGGUGCCCUCGGAGCCAGUGUGUUCACUGCCGCAGUUGUCCAACAAUGUGUUUGACAGAUUCAGAGAUUUUGCGGUGGAGACCCAGCGACAGGAGGAGGAGAUGACUCGCCGAGUGACUGGCGCGAAGCACAACAUGACCCAGAAGAAGUCGAAGCGGCUGGAGGAUCUGUUUCGACCGCCGUGCGACAUUCUCUUCCUGGGCUCCUUCAUGGAAGCGCGGGACCACGCGAAGACGCUGAACCGCUGGCUGCUCGUCAACGUUCAGAAUCCGCAGGAGUUCAGCUGCCAGGUUCUCAACAGGGACGUCUGGCCCAACGAGCACAUCCAAGAAAUUGUGAAGGAUCACUUUAUCCUGUGGCAAGUCUUGUCCAACACGUCGGAUGGGAAGCGUUACAUAGACUUCUACAAUGUGGUGGCGUAUCCCUACCUGGCGAUUGUGGACCCUAGGACGGGGGAAUGUAUGAAAACUUACAAUAACAUUACCGUGGACAGCCUGAUAUCCGAUCUAAAUGACGUGUUGAGCACGCACCCGUCUCCAGAGAGUGCCACCACGCAAGUUACGUCCGACUCUAAAGAUUGGAAUAAUUUUCCCACGACGCCUCCAAAGCGAAAUACUAUAGCUGAUCAAAUAAAAAAUGAUUGUGGACCUAGUAGCAAAACUUCUAGACUUUUAUCAGAGAAAGUUGUAGAUCUUGGAAAUGAGAGUGUAGCGUCUGAUAAUAUUACCAGUUCAAGUGUUCCGAGUUUGAAUGUUCCAAGUAGCAGCAAUACUGCUUUUAAUAAAAAGAGGAAGCUGAAUGAAUGCGCGACCAAGCAGCAAAAGGACGAAAAAUUGAAAUCAGAUACAGCUAAACCUGAGACGGGCGACGAACCGUUUCUACGACUCUGUCUACGACUGCCUAAUGGUGCGAAGGAGACAAUAUCAAUGUGUGCUACAGACACCAUAGAAGACUUUUUGAUUAAAAUGGAGGAAAUGGGUUUUCCAGCGACAGAGCAUACCUUUUUGGUGCCAUUCCCGAAGACAAACGUCGGCGCCCUGUCCGCAAAUACUCGUCUGCUAGACACAAUCCUGUUUCCAACGAACACAGUAUUCAUAACGAAGAUAUAGUAAUAUCCUAUGAAUGCAACGUAAUUGCUUCCAUUACAUAAUUUUUCGAAUUAGACUUCAAGCGGCAAUUUAAGUAUUUGAAGUUUUGUGUCAUUGUUACUUCCACAUCAAUUGCAUACGAGAGUUUGUAAAAAUUGUAUAGUUAAAACUCUAGAGUUGGAUCUGUUCCUUAAAAUUAUAAUGAAUCAAUUUAUUAGACUUCUCAUAUUUAGGCAUGUCUUAGAGUGAAAAGACAAAUUUUUUUUGUCGUGUGAGACAAAUGAUAAAGGCACUGCCAUUCGGUGUUCAUGUCGUAUGAAAAAUGCGUUCAGUAAUCUUUCUAUCUUAAAGUAGGAUUUAAGAUUGUGAUUCAUGGGGAGGAAACGGUUGCAUUGCAUGUAGUUACUGCCGAAUCGUCGUUCAAUAUUACACACUUCUAGUUUCAUUAUAUUACGAUUUCUGCAAAAGUUCGCAAGUGCCGUCCAUAUCACGCGUAUUAUGUUUUUUUUUUUGGAGUAUUUCAAAGUGGCACAUAAAGCAAAACGCUACAUCUUGGCAGUCAUUUUACGGCAUUGCUACGUGAUACAAUAAAACAUUUUGGAGCGUUCUAUACGAAACUUGUCAAUGUGACUCAAGAUAUAAACAACAAGUAAGAUUCCAUACUACAAUAUAUCACAAUUAAAUAAAAAAAUAUAUAUAUACGAUAAUGAAAACGAUUUCAUUAUUAUAUACAUUGCUGAUAAUACAAGGUAUAUCAACUUAUGAUCUUUUCAUUAAGGUAAUCAGUUCAAGUUGAAACUGCCGAUAUAAUUAAGAUAGACAUAGGGUCAGGAUAGUUUACAAGUACGGAUUAUAAUUAAUGCCAGUAGACUGUACUGAUAAUACGCAUCGACUAUAGAUACACUUCAUGUCAUGUAUGUCAACUGUAUUUUUACUUAUUUCUCAGUGUAUAGUACCACAAUUCUGUAAUAUACAUGGUAGUUUCUCCUAUUAAGUGUGUACUUAUAUUAAAUAUAUCAUUUAAUUAAA